AUGGAUUCCGACUUUCAACCAGACCCGCGCAUCGGGGAGACGGCCUUUCACGUUGCUACCGAUCUCGUCGAGAAGCUUCGCAAUGCCGGCCAAACAGUUGGCGUGGCAGAAUCGUUAACGGCCGGCGCUGUCUGCAGCACGAUAGCUUCAGCGAUGGGAGCCUCAAAAGUAUUCCGUGGCGGUUGUGUGGCAUACGGAUCUGAGUUGAAGGAGGAGCUUCUGGGUGUCGAUAAGCAGCUCAUCGCCGAGAAGGGCGUCAUCCACGCGGACGUCGCCAAGCAAAUGGCCGAGGGAGCCCGCAGAAUCACCAGCCUCAAGGACAGCGAGACAACGUGGGGGAUCGGCACGACGGGCGUUGCUGGACCGGACAAGCAGGACGACAAGCCCGUCGGGACCGUAUACAUUGGCAUCGCAGGGCCAAACGGGACAUAUUCGUUCGGCUUUGCCUUUCCGGGCACGCGAGAACAAAUCAUUGAAGCGACGACAGUUGAAGCCCUCCAUCGGCUGAGGAAAUCGUUGUAG